AGCCUUUCACAGAUAUUAAAAACAGAGGAGUCUAGAUAUUGCUGCCUUGGCACACCAUUACAACUGAUUCUACGGAUAGCUGUGGCUCAUGGUGGUAAAACUAAUGUUCCAUACCAUCCCCUGCAGGCAAAACAUCAAGCACUCUAGAUAACCUGACAUUUCUCCCGUAGGCAUGUCUACUACUUUUUGUAUGCAAGUCACUUUGGAUUCAAACAUCAGAUAAAUAACAAGUAAUCAAUGAGUGUGAUAAGAAGUAAAUAUUACGAUAUUAAACAGGUGAAAAUAAAAGAUUCCCACCUCAACCUUGUGGAUCUUGCAAUAGUACCAAUGCUCCUCUAUAAACAACACCUAACUGCAAACAAGUCACUGAAAACCUAAAUACUGCAAAACAGGGAAUUUUCUGUCAAUAUAGCCAGUUUAUGUAUGAGUCAGGUAAACAAGGCAACAAGCGACUAUGAGACUAUGAUGUCCAUUCAUCUAAAAAGCCUUCAUUAGACAAGCUAGCCAUGUGGACCACUGCUAGCCUGAAGUGACGUAGCUACAUGUCAGACUGCGUUCACUGGAACACGGUAUGGGUUGGCCAUGUUAAAAAGAAUAGCAACUAGAAAGGAAAAUGUGAACAAGUGAAAUGAAAUUGACAGCACCGCAGUUCAGGUGUUGCUACUAGAACAGGUCUUUUUUUCUAAGCCAAAACAAUCAAAUCUUUAAUCAAUUUAUUUAAUAAUCCAAUAACCUAUUUUUUUAAUCAAUGUUUUGCCAAAUUAUUGAUUUAUUUAGUUAAGUAGCCAGGUUAAUAUCAGUCUUCAGCAUCGGGGUCAUGAUCACUCUGUCUGGGUUCAUUUCACUGCACAAUAAACAAAAGGCCGGAGCUGCUGGUCCACAUUUUAGAGCUGGAGAUAAUAAUAUAAGGGUGUAAGUGUAGAGAGGAGACAGAGCUGCCCACUCUAUAAAAGCAGAAGCAGAGAGAGAGAGCGGACUGCAGCUCAGUCUCACAACACUGAGAGCCAGAAACACACAGCGCAGCCAUGAGUGAGAGGCAGGCAUCCGGAGCAAAGCCUGGGAACAGCAAAGCAUCUGUUAGCCAAGGGCUCAAAGUUGAACAAAAGGUUCCAUCUAAAGAUGAGAAGAACAAGAAGAACCUCCCCCAGGACUUUGACGUCGACAUGGACAACCCAGAUACAGAGAAGGCCGCUGUAGCCAUCCAGUCUCAGUUCAGGAAGUUCCAGAAAAAGAAGCAGGAUGUGAAGUCAUAGAGCGGACGGUGUCAGCUGUGUCACUCUGCAUGUCAACAAACUGUCAUAAAGUGAAGAGAAAAGGGGGGGGGGAUUCUUGAAGGUGGAGGUCUCGGGUGGGGUGAGGAUAAUGUCUUUGUAAUUGUCUCUGUAUAAACACUAACCUAUCAUGGCUAUUAUGCAAAAAAAACACUUGAUGUGUAUUUAAAGGUUUCACCCAUACAAGCGCACACACUUGCAUGCAAGCUUGCAGAAAUACAGAAAUUGUAAAAGUGGUAGAUAUUUGCAAGUUGAGCGAUUCACUUGUUCCGGUUAGCAGAUGGGACUGCAAUGAGUGCUAUUGUCCAUUAUACUGUACACAGUUUGUAAAGCAUGUGCAGUAGAUCACAUUAAAAUGGAUUUUUAAAACAUCCAUUGCAAUCUUUUUAUUAUCGUAUUCUGAACUGCUGAACAAAAUGUUUAAGUAUCAUAAGAUUUUGUUUGCAAGAUUUUGAAAUCGAAUGGAAUAAUCCCAUUGUUUUUUUGUUGUUUUGUUUUUUCUCGAUGGACCCUUGUGGUUGAUUGAGGGCGGUGGUGGCAAAGUCCAUAGGGGCUUGGCCUGGGAACUGGAAGGUCACCAGUUCAAGUCCCCGAAAGACCAAGUGCCACCGUGGUGUCCCUGAGCAAGACACUGGUUACCUACACUGCUCCCCGGGCGCCGUACAUAAUGGCAGCCCACUGCUCCUAACACUAGGAUGGGUCAAAUGCAGAGACCGCAUUUUGUUGUCCUAGUACUUGUACUCUGUGCAAUGACAAUAAAGUUGAAUCUUUAUCUUUAUCUUUAUCUUUGUGAUGCUGACUUCCGGGUAGGCUUAC